CACGCCGGAGAGAACAGAACUAGGAAGAGUGAACACAUUUUUUAGGAGCUCAGCGCACACAAAGCAGCGAUGCAACAGAUGUGUGCCGGCUAUUAGGUGGGAUCUUUUUGUCCAUUUAUUGGAGAAAAAAAUUGGAGGGGAAUGGCAUGUCUUAUGGCAGCCUUUUCUGUUAAUAACGCCAGUGUCACUAACUCCAUUAUAAUGAACACCAAUGGGCCUCCUGAUCUGAUGCUGGACUCCAGAACUGUAUGUGUAUCUAUCGAUGAUGAGGUGGAAUCAAAUCAUGUGAGAAGUCAACAGACUCCAUUAUUACAUGGGCAUCUGAAGAAAGUGGAGAACAGUCUAACUGAAGCCCAACGUUUUUCCUACCUGCCACGUCGACCAGCAGUUAACAUUGAAUUCAAAGAUGUCUGCUACUCAGUUCCCGAGGGACCAUGGUGGGGAAAGAAAGGUUACAAGACCCUGCUGAAAGGGAUCUCUGGGAAAUUUACCAGCGGCGGCCUGGUGGCCAUCAUGGGUCCCUCAGGAGCUGGGAAAUCUACGCUGAUGAAUAUUCUGGCCGGCUACAGGGAGACAGGGAUGAAGGGGGAGAUCUUGAUCAAUGGAAAGCCUCGUGACCUGCGCUCUUUCAGGAAGGUCUCGUGCUACAUCAUGCAGGAUGACAUGCUUCUGCCUCACCUCACAGUACAGGAGGCCAUGAUGGUGUCUGCUAAUCUGAAGCUCCAGGAAAAGGAUGAGGGCAAGAGAGACAUGGUGAGGGAGAUCCUGAUGGCCCUGGGCCUCCUUGAGUGUGCGAAAACCCGAACGUCACAUCUUUCAGGGGGGCAGAGAAAAAGGCUGGCCAUCGCCCUGGAGCUUGUCAACAACCCUCCCAUCAUGUUCUUUGACGAGCCCACCAGUGGCCUGGACAGUUCCUCCUGCUUCCAGGUGUUGUCUCUGCUGAAGGCCCUGGCGCAUGGUGGCCGCACCGUCAUCUGCACCAUCCACCAGCCCAGCGCCAAGCUCUUUGAGCUCUUCAACAAGCUGUAUGUCCUUAGCCAGGGUCAGUGUAUCUACAGAGGGAAAGUGCCUAACCUGGUCCCCUACCUUAGAGAGCUGGGGCUCAACUGCCCAACGUAUCACAACCCUGCAGACUUUGUGAUGGAGGUGGCGUCUGGGGAGUACGGAGAUCAGACGGCUCAUCUGGUGAAGGCCGUGCAGGAGGGGAAAUGUGAGCAGGUCUACAAGACAGACAUGAACGAUGGACCCCUCAACCCUUUCCUGUGGCACAAAUCUUCUGAGGAGGACUCCUCUUCCGGUGAGGGCUGCCACAGUUUCUCUGCCAGUUGUCUGACUCAGUUCUGCAUCCUGUUCAAAAGGACGUUUCAAUGCAUCAUUAGAGAUACGGUGCUGACUCACCUAAGAAUCACCUCUCACAUUGGGAUUGGGAUUCUGAUUGGCCUGCUCUACCUGGGCAUCGGCAACGACGCCAAGAAAGUGCUCAGCAACUCCGGCUUCCUCUUCUUCUCCAUGCUCUUCCUCAUGUUUGCUGCUCUCAUGCCUACUGUUCUGACGUUCCCUUUGGAGAUGGGAGUGUUCCUAAGAGAGCACUUGAACUACUGGUACAGCCUGAAGGCUUACUAUCUGGCCAAGACUAUGGCGGACCUCCCCUUCCAGAUAGUGUUCCCAGUCGCCUACUGCAGCAUCGUCUAUUGGAUGACGUCCCAGCCGCCUGACGCUGUGCGUUUCAUCCUUUUCUUGGCCCUGGGAGUCCUCACCUCUCUUGUGGCCCAGUCUCUGGGCCUGCUGAUAGGAGCGGCUUCCACCUCGCUACAGGUUGCCACGUUUGUAGGUCCGGUGACUGCCAUACCCGUACUGCUUUUCUCUGGCUUCUUUGUCAGUUUUGACACAAUUCCGUGGUAUCUUCAGUGGAUGUCAUACAUUUCAUAUGUCAGGUAUGGCUUUGAAGGUGUCAUCCUCUCCAUCUAUGGGCUGGACCGGGAGGACCUCCACUGCGACAUGGAUGAAACAUGCCACUUCCAGAAGUCGGAGGCCAUCUUGAAAGAGCUUGACGUGGAAGAUGCCAAACUUUACCUUGACUUCAUAGUGCUCGGCAUGUUCUUUGUGACCCUCCGCCUCCUUGCGUACUUUGUGCUGCGCUAUAAGAUCAGUGCAGAGAGGUAGACUGGGGAGUGGGGGUAGGAGGAAGAAGGCCCAGAUCGAUUGCAAGCUGGAAUACCGCUUCUAGAAACCUCCAGGCAGUGGCCCAGAAAUACACCAUGCACACCAAACUUUUGGCAAAAGACUACAGAAUAUAGACGCCUGUUGUGUGAAACUGUGCAUGCAGUAUGAAUCUACUUUGUUUAGACGGACAAAUAUGGCAGAGAGGAGCUCAGUGCCUAAGGCCAUAGAUGAUUCCCAAUAUUACAAGAACAUUCUUGUUUAAAAACCAAAACCAUUGGCGUAUUGAAGGCAAGGCUCCUGUCACAGUAGGAAUCUAGAUGUAAUCGCAGUAUUUCUUUGUGCAAGAGAACCAACUGUAAGUAAUGUAAGAGUUUGUUGUUGAUAGGCUCUUGUCUAGUCUGUAGUUUCCAGACUGGUUUGUAUGACCACUGUGUGAAACCAAUUAAAUGAAAUAGCUUGGUGGAAGGACAAUGGGAAGGCAGGGCCACACUUAAACAGGA